AUGGACUUGGAUGAUGACGAGAGGCUAAAGAAUGUAUUUUGGACCGACCUCCGUAGUAGAGCUGUCUAUCAAUAUUUCGGUGAUGUGGUAAUCUUCGACACCACAUACUUGACGAACCGAUAUGGGAUGCCCUUUGCACCAUUUGUUGGUGUAAACCACCAUGGGCAGUCAAUUUUGUUGGGAGUUGGCUUGAUUUCAUCUGAGGAUAUUGAGACCUUCGUGUGGUUAUUCCAGACCUGGUUGCAGUAUAUGGAUGGUAUAGCGCUGAAGGCUAUUAUCACUGACCAAGAUAGAAGUAUGAAAAAUGCAAUUGCAAUUGUUUUCCCAGAAAGCCGAUAUAGAUUUUUCCUGUGGCAUAUCCUGAAGAAAGUUCCUGAAAAGUUUGGCUCCUAUAGUUCUUACAAAAGUAGAAUGAAAACUGCAUUGAUGAAAUGCUUAUAUGACACCCAAAAGCCGGAAGAGUUUGAAAAAUGUUGGGAUGAGUUGAUCAGCACGUACAACUUGCAUGAAAAUGUCUGGUUGCAGAGUUUAUACAUUGAGCAUGCCCUUUGGGUACCCGCCUUCUUGAAAGAGGUUUUUUGGGUUGGAAUGAGUACGACGCAGCGGAGCGAGAGCAUUAAUGCCUUUUUUUAUGGUUAUGUUCAUGUUAAGACAAACUUGAAAGAGUUUGUCGAUCAGUACGAUAAUGCCUUGAAAAAGAAAAUUGAGAACGAAAAAUGUUUGAGUUUGAAAAAGCGUAUUGAGGAUGCAACAACUAAGUUGUAUGCAAUGAUUGACAUGUAUUCUGAAACCCAAGAAUUCCCAUCGAUGACUCAAAAUUGUUUAAAUGUUGGUGGCACGACAAAUGAUACAACUACAAUUGGACCAAUGGAAACUGAUGCUAUAAUUCUGCGAGUUGCAAGCAGUUUUGAGGUUCUUGUAUUUCCAAAGUCACGUACAGCUGGGAGUUACAACAAGUUUUAA